CGUCAAAUUCUCAAGAAGAAAUAUUUCUCUCGUGUGCUCUUUCUCCUUUUCCAUAUAAUGAAAUUCUCCGCCCUGCCUUUCACAUUCUCUCUGCAAAUCUAAUCUCUCUCUCCGCCAUUGCUGUUUUUGGAAUCUAAGCUCAUUUUCCAUGGUGAUGUAGGAGCCAACUUGUGUGCACCACGGCUAAUCCCACGGGUUACCUGCUGCCUCCUGUCAAGAGAGGUAAAGGUAACCUUGCUCGCCAAGACUUACACAGAUUGAAGGAAUCCACCCUGACUCUGCGGGAAUUCGUGCAAUCGAGGCUCCGUGACUAAUUUGAAAGCUGCUAUCUUAAAUCAGUUUGGAUUAGCAAUGCCUCCAAACCCUAGGGUCGAUCGUGCCUUUCGUUCUAUGAAAGCUCUCGGGAUUUCUGGAGAGAAGGUGAAGCCAGUGUUGAAGAAUCUUUUAAGAUUGUAUAACAAAAAUUGGGACCUUAUAGAAGCGGAGAACUACAGGGUCCUUGCCGAUGCAAUAUUUGAUGAUGAUGAAGCAAAGGAUGCAGAAAGUAAAAAGUCAACUGAGGAUACCGAACAAGAGGCUCUGGUGCAAGAUGAGCCUGAACCACCUCUGAAAAGGCAGCGCUUAAAAAAUCAAUCAAGUCAACCAAAUGAGUCUCUUGAAUCUCAAUUGCAAAACCAGUCACCUAGUGUUUUUGAUUCCCCUCAGUCCAUGGGCAAUGAAUCACAGCCUGGAUCACGCCCAUCACUUGAUAGAAACAAAGGAAAGCAGCCCAUGUUUUCCGACUCAUUAGUACCACAGGAAGGAUUGCCUUCAUCUCAGCCUUCUGACGUGGACAAGAGCCUUCCGGUUCCCAGGAGAGCUGGAUCUACCUCUGGUUCUGUCAUCCCAGUGUCACCUACGAAGGAUGCUAUUGCUAAUCACACUUUUAUCAAACCUAAGGAUGAGCCAAUCACUGAUGACCUGCCACGUCUUGAGGUUCCUGUUGCCAUCAUCCGCCCAGGUUCAUCAAGUAAAGGGAAGUCUUCAGUUGCAAGCGGUUCAAAAGGUAGACAAGAUGAUGGUAACGCAUCGGCCACUGUAGUUGAAGCAGAUACAAAUGAUGGAAAUCCACCUAGUCCAGGAGUAGCUAAUGGCAAGCCUGAAACAAACACGGUUAAACCUUCUUCCGCCCUGGAGAUAGCUUCCUCACAAUCUGGAGAGGUGAAAAUUAUCUUGAACUAUGGCUCGGUUCUUGGAAGAUCAGAUUUCCACAUGCCUACUCUUGAUGCAGUGGUGAAGUUAAUGGACGAUAAAUGUCUGAAAGAAUACAAAGAACUUGAUCCUAAUUUUUCCGUGAUGAAGAUCAUGACAGACAUUUGUCAGUGCUUCUGGGAGAUGAGCAGUGAGUCAACAAAUAAAUCAUCUGACGAGUGAACGAAAUAUGUCCUAUGAAAGCAUGGAGAGGGAAGGAACGAGACAAGUUAACUUUGCAUGACUUACAUUGAGCUAACAACAUUUUGUGUUGAGCUCAAAUUGAGCUUAAUAACAUCUUCCUAGAAUUCUGCUGUUUCUCUUUUCUGUGUUCUUUUAUGUAUCCAUUUGGUAUUAGAACUCCCUUUUUUCGACGUUAAGAAGUUCCCUUUUCAGAGAGGAGGAAAAUGUGUACAUGUGUUGGUGAAAACCUGUGUUCUUGAAAAUGAAGACAUAUUUCCCUCCUUUACAAAUGGUUCAACUAUGUUUUUUUUCU